UGACCUAGCACAGCGCCCAUGAUCCCUAGAGCGUGGAGAUAGAUACCUGGUCAGAUAAAUGGCUCCACUCGCAUAUAUCAAGCAAGUAAAAGAUUGCGUCCUAGUACAAGGUGAUGAAGGUUAUGUCGUAUCAUUUUGCAAUUGAGUGUUCUUCCUUCUGACGAUUACUGGAGUCGCACUUCGGAUGCAAAGCGUCGCCCAUACGACCCACCCAAUAGCCGCUGCAAGAUCAAGGAUGAACCGGAAGAACUGGUACCAGGUCUUACGCGCUGCAGAGCGCCCAAAUCUCCGUGAUGGGCCGGGACGAUGCCCAUUUCAACGACCCUCCCAAUCAUCCGCUGCGUCCCCAUCAUUGCCUAGCCACGGUGCAUUCAGACACUCUCGCGCUUAUUCUAGACUUUGCAACCAAAAAUGCACCGAUUUUACUACGCUCUAUGCAUCUACCCCACGAAGAAACUUACAUUACAGCGCUGGAGUCUGUGCCCGGCUAUCCCAUGAUGAAGAUGGGCGCAAGGAUUAUGGGGAUGGCCGUGUGGUGAUCGAACUUGAGCCCGAUUUCGACCAGACUCAGACAGCACUAGAUGUGUUAAAACGCAAAGUUCCACGAGGCUACAUGCGCUUUGGCAUUGCUUUGGAUCAGCAUGGGACCCUGUUGUCCCUCGGCGCGACAUUACCACCCAACACGAGGUAUCUUCAUUUCAUUCCAAUAGCUUCCGAUUUCUCUACUACAGCGUCAGUGUCAAGCGUCAGGAAGCUGCAGCAACUGUCGGCUGAACGAGCCGCUGUGCUCGCGAGAAGGUGCUUCUGGACUACCUCUGGCUAUGUGCUUGGGGCGGCUCUCCAGGUCCAUUUCCAGCAGAGACCACGGUCAAGCAUUCUACACCUAACUGCUGCACCAGAACUUGUAGAAGAUGUCUCGGGAGGUGCAGGCUUCGCUUAUGACUUUUUCCUGGAGCAAAACGCUCUCGAAACCGGCGCUUCCAAUGUCUCCGCGUCGGAUCCGGUGGCCAACGUUAUUCAACUCAUUGGACGGCAGAUGGGAGAGACUCCCCGCCUCGAUGAAAGCGUCAUGACCUCAAUACAAAAGUGCUACGAGGCGCUUGUUACAGCAGAUCUGCCCAUCGACAUCAUCGCGACAUCGCCCGCAGAAGCUCGGGAAGUUUUCGAGAGCAAUCCUUUCAAGCUAGAGGAGCUUUCGACUGUGAAGGACGGAGAUACUAUCAGCUUCGUGCGUGUUGGGGAGUUCUACAUCGACUUCAUCCUCACAAAGCCCAAUGUGCCAGAUAAGAGACGCUUCGCUCUCCUACCAUCCACCAACUACCUUCGCGCCGUCAAGCUUCGGCAAUGGUCCACAGCAACCUGGACGCCCUCAACCCCACAUGUGGGCCCGAAGGCUUUGCCAAUGACUCAAGCGCUUCUUCGUGUCCGUGGCAUCACUUUCCCUUCCCAUGCUCAACUCAAAAAGCACAUCGCCGCCCAAGAAGCAGCCAGUGCUUCUGACCACAGGACGAUCGGACGCUCUCAGGCGCUAUUCAUGACGUCUGACGUUGCAAGUCCCGGCUCGCCCUUUAUUUUGCCCCAUGGAAUGCGUAUUGGGCGCAAAGUCGAGCGCGUUAUCCGUGACCUGUACGAUGUUCACGGGUACGAUGAGGUUCGCACUCCGCAGCUGUUCAAAAAGGACCUGUGGGUGCGCAGCGGGCAUUGGGAAAACUAUAAAGAUGAUAUGUUCAAGGUUAAGGGAUUCAGAGAGGACAGCGAGUGGAUGAGCGCCAGGGCGGCGCAUGACGGUCAUUCCUGUGUGGCCCACGGCUCCACCGCGUCUACUAUGGAGGAUGGAGACGAAGGAGCUUACGGACUCAAGCCAAUGAACUGCCCCGGACACUGCCUCAUCUAUUCCAGCAAGGAGCGUUCUUACCGCGACCUGCCGCUUCGGCUAGCAGAGUUUGGCCCGCUCCACCGCAAUGAAUCAUCAGGCUCACUGUCCGGUCUCACCAGAGUGCGCCGCUUCCAUCAGGACGACGCGCACGUUUUCUGCACGCCCUAUCAGGUCUCUGGCGAAAUCCAGUCGAUGCUUAAGAUGCUCACAAAUGCGUAUCGCACCUUUGGAUUCGAGCAGAUCGAGCUCGUGCUCUCCACGCGACCAGCGCAAUUCAUCGGCGAGGUCGCCGAAUGGGAGAAGGCAGAGGACUCUUUGCGCCAGGCCCUGGAUGCUUGUGGGCGUGCGUGGUCUACCAAUGAAGGCGAUGGCGCGUUCUAUGGGCCCAAGAUCGACUGCAGGCUCGUCGAUGCCGCUGGCCGAAAGCACCAGACGGCGACAAUCCAGCUCGACUUUCAGCUGCCUAGGCGAUUCGAAUUGCGCUACGCCAAUCCGGUCUCCGCGGACGGGAGUGGAUACAGCAUGCCAGUCAUGAUUCACCGGGCGAUACUUGGCAGUGUCGAGCGCUUCAUGGCAAUAUUGAUCGAGAGUAGUGGUGGCAGAUGGCCGUUCUGGCUUAGUCCUCGGCAAGCUAUUGUUUUGCCUGUGGCGGACACGCCCGAAAUCAAGGCGCAUGUCGAAUACGUGCGCGACUAUCUUGGGCUUGGCAGGGAAAUAGCCGACCAGAAGCGGUGGACUCGGGGAGUGGCGGCCGGCGAGGCUUCAAGACCAGACGAUGCACUAGAACUUCCGCUGGCACGUCCGCUGCAAGUCUUCCAUGUCGACCAGGAUUUGAGCCUUGAGCGUCUUUCCAAGAUGAUCCAAAAGGCCACAACUGCUCGAUACAACUUUAUGCUCGUCGUUGGUGAAAUGGAGGCGCGCUCGGGGACGGUGAGCGUCCGUGUCCGAGAAGACUAUGCUGCUAACCCGCCUCCUGCGCUGCCUGGUAGGCCAGAGCUGAAGAAGGAAAUGGGAGAGUACGAGCUGCACAAGCUACGAAGGCUCUUCGAAGAGCUCGACACAAAUCACUGGUAGUCAUUAAGCUCUCAGUACCUGCUUAUGAUUUUUACAUGUGUUCAUGUAAUUCCGUGAAAACAUUCAUAUUUUUGCGAAAC